GAUAGGGUUCAUGGGUACCUACACGACCAGCAGACUCAAUAUCCUCUUGCCAACAACGGAUGACACUGUUUUAGUUCGGUUCGCAUAUUUAUAGAGUAAAUUUCUCUCCCCCCCCCCCAAAAAAAAAGAAUUCCUUUUUUAAAUCUUUUUCGGAAAAUUGAAAUUGAAAAACAAGUGAAAGAGAGACUAUUGAAGAGAAACGUUUCAAGUGUACAGUGUUGCCGGAUUUCGAAUUUCAAACUAAAUUGAAAGGUUUAUGAUCGAUAAAGUGUUUUUUGAACAGAAUUGUGAUAAAAUUUAAGGGAUAGGAGUGAAGAUAAAAAAGAAAUUAAUAAUUGUGAAGUGUUUAUUGUUCGAUUUAUUUUCCAGUGAGGAAUGUUUCUUUUUUUUUACAUCGAUUUCGUUAACAAAAAACGUUGGAUUAAAAAAGUGAGUGAAAAACCUUGAUUCGGCGCCUAUCUGUGCGCGACCGCCAUGUUUGGUGUUUACGAGGCGAGGGAGAAUCGUUGACGUCACUGGCCCGAACUCGCCCGAAGGGAACCAGUAAUAUUUUUUUUUUUUUGACAAUAAAAGUCAAAAAAGGAAAAUAAAGGCAAAAGUCUUAAAAAUUUGAAAAAAUUUUGAAUUUUUGGAAAAAUUCCAUCAACUACAGAUGGAACUUGGUCAUCGGCCAUCACUCGUGGCUUGCCGGUUGCAUACUACCACUACUACUUUCGACAAUAACAUUGGACUGAAAAAUAGCCUCGUUUUUGCACAACGAUAUUGUGAAAACAUUGAUCAUGUCGACAAUGUUUCUUGGCAUUAUUGAAAGUGUGCGGCACGUGUUUUGACAAUAGUGUGAUUGAAAAACAAGUGAAAAAGUGGUUAUUGUGACCAAAUGUCCCAAAGGGGUAAUAACACCACCACAUGGGGGUUAGUGUUUACUGUAAAUAAGUGAGUUUUUUUUUUUUUUUUUUUGUCCUUUUUUUCAAUUUUUCUACCACCAUUUUAAAUAAAGAGGGAGAAAAAAAAAGUGAAAAAAAAACGAUUUUUAAAAUCUUAAGACAUUUAAAAAAAAAUCAAGUCAUGGAUCUCGGUGACAGGGUUUAUGCGGCAGAACGGAUCACGAAGAAGAGAGAAAAACGGGGGAAAGUCGAAUAUUUCGUCAAAUGGAAAGGCUGGAGUAAGAAAUACAAUACAUGGGAGCCUGAGGAAAAUAUUUUAGAUGUUCGACUUAUAGAACUCUAUGAGGAGAGUCAAAAAGGAACUGAUAUUGUCACAAGACGACCCAGGAGAAGGGACACACGAUAUAAUGAACAAGUGUUGGCGAAUCUUGUUGUUGAAGAAGAACCAGGCGGAGAUGAACGAGUUGGUGAAGAUAGUCAGGAUGAAUCGACCGGAAGUACAUCGGCAGUACCGCGAUUAAAUCCCGUCGCUCCCGAUGAGGAUACACUUCACAGUUCAUUGGAUGGACAUGAAUCGUCAAUACCACCUGAAUUAUCGGCAUCGGCAUUUAGCGUUGACUCAGAGAGUUCAAAUAGCAGUGCGGACAUUCCUCUUUUGCCAAGGAAAGAACCCGCUGGCACUAAACGUAAAGCCGAAGUAUUGAGCAAAGAAUCGGGUAAAAUUGGCGUCACAAUCACGACAAGUAGUCCAAGCAGUGGAAGUACAAGUCCACCACCUGGUAAACUACCAAGACUAUUGCCCAUUAAAGGAAACGCCACAUCGCCAACUUAUAAUAAUCACAAAUUAAAUGGAAGGCGACCGUCGUCGUCGAGUGUAAAAUCAACAACGCCAGAGGAACCAUCGCCGGCAAUGCCAACGACACCGGCUGCCGAAGACAAAAAACGACCUGAAGCUGACGUACCACAUGGACCAUCGCCAUCGUUGCCGCGUACACCACAAACGCCAUUAUCAACACAAAUUGAAACCACCGUCGAAACAACAACAUCAACAUCAUCAACAUCAUCGUCAUCAUCAUCCUCAUCAACGACAACAACAUCAACAACAACAACAACGGCAACGACGACGACAAUUGCUGCAUCGACAGCAACAACAACAACAACAAAAACACGUCACGAUCAUCGUUCACAGGAGAAAUUAUCAAAUGGUCCUCUAAUCACGACUGAUACAAAUGGACAUAAAUCACCAAGUCCCACUGAUUCCUAUACAAAUAACAACAGGUUACCCACAAUGGUUAAUGGUCAUCAUAAUAAUAAUAACAACAAUACAAACAAUAACAAUAACGCCAGUCAAAAUCAAGUCAAGGCAAAUAGUGAAUUUGUCACAUCUGAUUUGUAUAUCCCAUUAACUAGUCCCGGCACUGAUUAUUGGCAUUCGAGAAAUCCCGUCGCCGAUCAGGUUUUUAUCACUGACGUUACUGUUAAUUUAAAGACCGUUACCAUUAGGGAAUGCAAGACUGAAAAGGGUUUCUUCCGGGAAAGAGAUCCUAAGAGCGAUGUUCUCUAAACGAGAGAAAAAAAGAAAAAAACGUUUUUCAAUCGCAAAAGUAAUUUGUGUCCUCUUUUUUUUUUUUUAUUAAUAAUUGUAAAUACUAUUUAUUUUAUUUUUUUUUUUGGCACUUGCUUUCAGUGAAAUAAUUAAUUUUUUUUUAUUGCACAAACAAAAGCCCUAAAAAAUAAAACAUUCUACUUUUAAUCCGUUGCCUGUCGCUGACGCAUAAAUGUGCGCAAAAAUUGAAACUGGCCAAAAGUGUUAAUUACGCAUAAAUGCGUUACUUAAAAAGAAAUAAUUAAAAUCAUCUGAAAUAUUUCUGAAAGUAGUUUUCGGAGUCGCUGAUUAUGAAUCUGACAUCAGUUUUUCAAAAUUCAAAAUGGCGAAUUUUACGAAAAUUUGAAAAACUGAUGUCAAAUUCGUUAUCAAAAAACCCAAAAACUUGAAGAUAACAAUCGAUUAAAAUUUUUCUUUUUUCCAACACACUUUUAGCCCCAACAGUGAAAAAAAAUCUCGUCGACAGCCAAAGGAGUUAAAGCAAGAAUUCAAUUAUUAUUUCUCUAAAAAAAAAUACUCGUUUGAUUUUUUUUUUUUUGAACACUUUUUUUUUUAUCCCUUGACACAAAUUAUAUUGUUUGUGAUAGAAAACAAAAUUUUUUAGACGAAAAAUUUUUCUUUCCAACAUAGUGUUAAUAAUAUUUGUUUAUUUUCAAAGGGUGUCUAGUAAAUAGGGGAAAAAACGCGGGAAAUUUUUGUUUAUUUUUUUUAUAAUCAAACCAAAAAUUUUACUUCUACGCUUAAAAUUUAUAAUUUAUAGUUAAAAAUAAAUUAUAUUAAUUAUUAUUUAUUAAUUAUAAAUUAUAUCAAAGUAAUUUUUAAAUCCGUGAAUUUUACAAAAUAUUUCGGGGCGCAUGUGUAUUGUAUAAAAAUUUAUUAAUUAGAAUUUCUAUUUUAAAGAAUUUUAUUAGAAAUAAUAAUUUUUUUUUUUAGAGGAAUUUUCGUUUUGUUAAUUAGCAUUUGACAGAAUUUCCUUUUCAUACGAAUUUUUGUUUGAUAGAAUUUUUAUUUCAUAGUCUUUUAAUUUACAUGACUUUUAUGAGAAUUUUAAUUUAAUCGAAUUUUAAAUUUGAAGAAUUUUCAUUGAAUUGAAUUUUUUUGUGAUUCGAAUUUUUAAGACGUCAAAUUUUCAUUUCUACGAAAUUGCAAAUGAUUGAUGAAAUUUAAAAAUAGAGCCGAAAUCUUUUUGUCGAUUUUUUGUUCGGACAUUUGUAAUUUCGGACAAAUAAAAAUUCUAUCAAUUUACAAUUCGUAGAAAAAUAAAAAUUCAAAAUUUUACCAAAUAAAAAUUACCUAAAAAUUCUGCAAAAACGUUUUUUCGUCAAAAAAAGUAAUUAAUAGAAAAUUCUUUAAAAUGAAAAUUUGUAACUAAUGAUUAUUUUAUGGGAUAAUAAUGCGUUCAAAAAAAAAUUGUAGAAAUUUCCUAAUAUUUUAGGGAUUUUCUUAUCCUUAUAAAAAAAACAAUUUACCAAAAUUUCGAAACCAAUUCAAUAAUUUUUAAUUUUUGACUCGUAUUAGUUGUUGAUAAAGAAUGCCUCAAAUAUUUAUUGUUUUUAAUGUCUUUUUUUAUGAUUUAAGAUUUGAAUUUUAUUUAGUUUGAUAAAACUAUACUAUUUUAAAUUAAAAAUUUUUUGAGUAAAAUUAUUGCAAAACUGCGGGUAAUUUUAAAUUACUAGACAUCCUUAUUAUAAACAUUUUUUUGAAAAAAGUUUAGACACUUUUUAAAAAUAUCGAAUUUAGUUAAAAAAAAAAAAAAAACCCCAAAAAAUCGAUUCUCGAUUUAUCUGUUUUUUCUAAAAUUAGAACAAUUUUUUAAAUAUAACAAAAUUGAUCAACAAAAUUAAAAUCCCAGUGAAAAGAAUUUCUUAUUAUUACCGUUGUUAAUGAAAAUUGGUAAAAAAUGUUUAAAAAAAAUUUUUUUAGUUGGUCAAUAAAAAAAUUAUUCAAUGCUAUUAUUGAGGAAAAGUUGAAAAUGAGAAAUAUAAAAAUAAAUAAUAAAAAAAAAACCAUAAAAAACUCAAAUAAAAAUGGAAAAACAGAAAAAUUGCAAAAAAAUCGAUUAUUUUGUGGUUUUUGAAAAAUGAACAUUUUUUAGUCUCAAGGGAUAAGACAAAAGUUGAUGAUUUUUAAUUAUUUUUUUUUUAAUAUCAAACGGAGAUUAGACGCAUUUUUGAAAAAUAAUGUUCCCCUCCCCCUCCGAUAAUGUGAGAUUUAUCUUAACUUCUAGAAUUGUUUUUAAUUUUUUUUAAAAGUCUUAUUUUUCGAUAGUUUUCACGAAAAAAUUUUUUUUCUCGAAAAGUGGCUCCUCGCAUUGUUGAUUAUAUCAAAAAAAAAAAAAUAUUUCUCUAAAUAUAGUGAAAUAUAAAAAAUAUAUUUUAAAAAAGAAAAAAUUUUCUUUAUUGACUUUUUUUAUAUUUAGAAGUUUUUUUUUUUUAUAAAAUUAACGUUGAAAAAUUUAAAUUUCACUUUCCCCAUCCCUUUUUUCGUAUUUUAUUAUUGUAAAUAUUGGUUCAUGUUUGAAUUCUACUUAUUUAUUCUAUUUGAUUAAAAAAAAAAAAAAAAAACUAGAGAAAUAUUUUUAAAUUACUUAUAUAUGUAUAAAAAAAAAAUAUAUAUAUAUUAAUAGUUUUCAAUUUCAAUUGAAUUCCGUUUUAGGAAAAGGAAAAAAUAUUUUUUACAUCCUACUUUUUUGAUUAAAAAAAAAAGAACUAAUAGAAUUUUUUUUUUUUAAUCAAUUUUUCAUUUAUUUUUCCGUUACAAUAAUUUUCAUAUUCAUCUUUUUUUUUUUGACCAAAAAAAUGAUUCCAAUUUUCAAAAUAAAACGUAUUAUUUUUGAGAAAAAGUAUCAAAUAUUACAAAAAAAAAAAAAUAAUAAUAAUAAUAAAAAGUGAUAAUAUAUCAAAUAUAAUCUUCCAAUUCGGAAAUUUUUAAUUUAUAUAACUAACCUCGUGGUUCGAUACUUUUGUUUUAUUUUUGUUUUUUGAAACUGGAAAACAUUUUAAAUUACCAAAAUUUGUAAAUAGAAACUUUUUUUUAAAAUAUCUGACAAAUUGCGAAAUUUACUAUUUUUUUUCAGUGUAAAAAAAAGCUGUUACGAAAUAAUGUAAAUUCGCGUUUAGAAUCUUGUAUAAAAAAAAAUGCAGAAGAAGAAGAAGAAGAAUUGUAAAUAGUUAAAAAAAAAACAAUGAACGUAAAUUUGGUUUAAAAAAGAAAAUGAGUAGAGCGCUGAGGUAACAACACUGUAAAUAAAUAGAAUACAGUAUAUAAAUAUAUAUUUAGUCCGAGAAAGAAGAAGAAGAUAAAGAAGAAGAAAAAAGCAUUGAAAAAAUGAAGAAACGUAAAAAUGUUGCUGACACAAGAGAUGAUAAUUUUGAAAGAUUCUUUCUUAGGUCUUAGACUUAUGAGAUAGACUGUGCGUAAAAAAAAAAUAAUUUUUUUUUUUUCUUUGGUCAUUGUUUUUCUGUACUUACCGACAAAUGAUUCGUGUAAAAAAACAACAAACAAAUGAUAUAAUUGAAUAAUUCCAUUUCGAAAAAAAUGGAAAGAAUUAUUGUGUAAACGCAAUGACUACGCAAGGCAUAUUAUCCGAUAACGUGAACCCCGGUAGUACCAAAUCCAACAGUAAUUUUAGUUCUGUCUGGUACAGAUUCCUUAUAUUUCAAUAAAAUCUUAAUUUUA